CCCCUUAAAUAGUCGCAGUCUACCAACCUAAACUAAACCCUCCUAUAUCCCUUUUUAUAUGCUAAAAUUGUAAGAACUAAAAAUGGCCAAUUCCUCUGUUUCCUCUUCCUUACUCCUAGCUCUCCUUGUAUGCAUUGCAGUGAAAAGUAGCUUAUUACCUAUCGUGGAAGGAUGCUACGUGGCGGUGGUGGGAGGUGGUUGUCCCAAUGCGGAAGCAUGCCGAAUGACUUGUGCUCCUUGCUACCGUGGAAUUGGAUAUAUCAGCGCCUUCUGUCGUGCCGCCGGCGGAGGAAUGCCCUACGAAUCGUGCGUGUGCACGUUUUCACGAGGCGCACCAUGUCCACCGCCUGGUCCACCUCGUUGCCCGGGUGGCAGUGCUGCCUUUAUUAUGAUUAAUGAAACUCACCAUGAGUAGCUUAUCACAGCUAUAAGAAAUUAACAUGUAUUAGAAUAAUAUUGAAGCUUAUGUAUACAAAGUUUUAAAUUUUACUGAUUA